AUGCAGGCCAAUCCUUCUAAUUUACAUAUGGCAAAUGUCUUACCAAAUCCUGCAUUUGUACAACCUAUCAUGCAAUUGCCAUACAAUGGUAGCAUGCCACCAAUGAAUACAACAUCAGCACCAAAUGUACUCCCCAGUAACAUGUCUAAUGCUCCACCACAUGCAAAUAUUAUUGUUCAAGAGUUCUCCCAUGAGACAACGAGGAAAUCUUCCGUAUCAUCUUCAUCUAAUAAUAAAAUUCUGACAAAGAACCCAUCUUCUUGGGAUCCGAUGGAUGAUUUGUUAUUACGUCAUUUAAAAGAAAUUCAAAAGAUGGGUUGGAAAGAAAUUUCCCAAUACUUUGAUAAUAGAACACCAAAUGCUUGCCAGUUUAGAUGGAGAAGACUAAAAUCUGGUAAUUUAAAAUCAAAUAGAACUGCAUUGAUUGAUGUAACUGAAUUCCCUGGCAAAAUUGAAAUUAAAAAUAAAGCUGCAUUUAAUAAUGUAUCAACCGGGAGAAAAAGAUCUACAACUAAGACCAAGAAGAACAAAUCAUCUACACCAGCUACGACUACUACUAAUACAAGUUCCACUGAAAAUCAAGUUGAAACUCAACCAAAUACAAAUGUUCCUCAUAAUAUGCAAAAUAUCCUGAAUGGUAAUAAUGCAACCACGAUUUUAAGUAAACCAAUUACAUCUGCAAAUAGUAGUGACAGCUCCGGUAGCACUUCUCCAAAGGGCACUAGCAGUAUAAGCAGGGAAUCUAACACUUUUCAACAGGUGCCACCAAGUAUACUAAAUCUAACGGCUGAACCACAUAUUUCUUCAAAUAAUGAAACAGGUAUUAUGAGGAAUGGUGGUAUUGCUAUCGCAAACCCAAACUUACCGGUAACUAAAAUUCCAUCCGCCCCUAUCAGUUCAUUCGUAGACAAAUUUGCGAAACCAAGAUCCUAUUCAUGCACUCCGCUGCCAUUGGCAAGACCAGCACAGCAAAUACAUGUAUUACCAGUCUCUGAUAGUCAAGGAAAACAAUUACCAUUACCUCAACUACAACCAUUACAGGCAUCACAUAUAGAUAAAGAGAAUGUUGGUUUCAUCCCAAAAGUGUUUGUGAAAUCAAGAAGAAGCUCUUCAAUCGUACCUAUUGCUCACGGAAUGGGUACACCUACCUCCCCACAAUCCUUGACACCAUCUUCAUCGCAUACAGAUAUAUCUGCAGCCUUAAAUACUACAUUAAAUUCUUCGAAGUCAAGAAAGAACUCAUUCACGAGCUGGUCAUCAAGAAGAUCUUCUUUCAAUGUAUCAUUAAGUAACGGUACCUCUAGAAGGUCAUCAAUGGUUAUCCCACCAAACUCUGCUUCUACAAUAAUGGGAAGUAGUUUAAGUAAUCAAGUUGCUCACUUAUCAAAGGAAAGAAGAGAAUCUAUCAUUAAGAAAGAGUUCAUAACCCACCAUCAAAAUAGACAAAAUUCAUUCCAAGAAAACCCAGGAAAUCAUAAUGUUAUUUUCCCUCAACAAUACACUUUUUCCGAUAUUCCUGCACCUUCAUCUGGUGUUCAAUACAAUAAUAAGUUGUCUGGUGCACCUAAGUAUGCCCCCAAAAAUUUAGAACAAGUUGCUCAGCUUAGAUCCAUAUCUAAUCUAUCCAAUUAUUCAACUCUUUCUGGUUCCUCAAUAGAGCAUACUUCUGGUAAGAGAGGAUUGUAUAACCCAUGGACUGAAGAAGAGGAACAAUUAUUAAUGGACAGUCGUUCCAAGAAUUUGUCUGUAGUAGAACUUUCAAUAUUACUACCAAACAGAACUAAAGAAGAUAUUGAAUUACGUUUAAAUGCUCUAUCACCAAAUUCUCUUUCAAAUCCACUUUCUCCAAGAAAGCCCUUAUCAGUGAAUCAAUUAGCAAUGCAAGAUGAAGAAGUGGAUCCGUUACACAAUCAUGGCUCAAUAGUUCGUCCAGAGUCGUUAUCAUCUUCCUCUUCUUCUUCAGUAUCUAAGGAUACUACACCUGUAGGAGAUAGUAAUGACGAUUCUAUAUCUACUACACCAUCUAGUUCCACUAGUGUUACAGCUAGUAGGACAGGUCAUAAAAACCUAUUAAACAACAAGAUCUCUUACAAAAAUGUAAUGGAUAUGGGAAAUCUACCUCCUCAUUGCGAAGGUAUGAUCACACAACAAGAUUACGCUGCAAAUAGCGCAAGCAACCAACGGUCAAACUCGAACGCACAAUUACCUAGUAUUUCUUCGAUCUUCAAGACAAUGAUUUAA